AUGAGUCGUGCAGUGUUACAACCUUUUGAAGUUUAUCAGAAAGCAAGAGUUUAAUUUGUGUAGACAGUGGCUGAGUUAGCAAAAAGACCAUAAAAUAUUGAGGCAUUGCAAUCAGCAGGUGUGAUGUCCUUAUUGAGACCUUUGCUCUUAGAUUGUGUGCCAUCAAUUCAAUAAUCAGCAGCCUUGGCAUUGGGAAGAUUGGCCAAGCAUUCAGAAGAUUUGGCUGAAGCAGUUGUUUCCAAUGAAAUAUUGCCAUAAUUAGUGAGUUCGUUGGGAGAACAAAAUCGUUUCUACAAAAAGGCUGCAGCAUUUGUACUUAGAUGCGUUGCUAAACAUUCUUCAACUUUGGCAAUGGCAGUCGUGAAUUCUGGAGCCUUGGAAGCUUUGGUCUAGUGUUUAGAAGAAUUUGAUCCAAGUGUCAAAGAAGCUGCAGCCAGUGCUCUUCGUUACAUUGCCAAACACACAGCAGAUUUGGCUUAGGCUGUGGUAGAUGCAGGAGCAGUUCCAUUAUUGGUGCUCUGUAUUUAGGAACCAGAAACUACAUUGAAAAGAGUAUCAGCUGGAGCUCUAUCAGAAAUUUGUAAGCAUUCAGCCGAAUUGGCUUAGAAUGUAGUUGAUGCAGGUGCUGCACCAUUUCUCAGUGCCUUGAUUCCUCAUCAUGAUGCUGAGUUGAAGAGAUCUGUUUGCUUUUGUUUGGCCAAUAUAGCUAAACACACAAUAGAUUUGGCAGAAGCUAUUGUAGAUGUUGACAUCUUCCCCAAAAUCUUAUAUAGAUUGAAAGACACUGACCCUGGAGUUAGAAAAGCUGCAGCAACAUGCAUUAGAGAAAUCGCAAGACAAUCUUAAGACCUAGCUAAAAUGAUCUGUAGUGCAGGAGCUGUUGUGUCUAUUGUUGAUUACAUCAAUGAGGCCAAAGGAGAUGCACGUUUACCAGGCAUCAUGACAUUAGGGUUCAUCGGAGCCUUUGAUGAAGCAUUGGCCAUGGGAAUCAUUGCAGCCAAAGGAAUUGCCCCAUUAAAAGAUGCUCUAAUAAAAGAACCUGAUCAAUCAGUCAAGAGUGCUUCUGCUUGGUCUCUUGGAAUGAUUGGUGGACAUUCAGCCGAUCAUUCAAGAGCCAUGGCUGAAGCUGAUGUUCCAUCCCAUUUGUUAGCUGUUUAUAAAUUCCCUGAUUCCAGUGAAGAUCUCAAAAAGAAAUCAAGUUAAGCUUUGAAAUCCAUAUUAUAAAUAACCAUUAAUCUCAGAAGCUCCCCCUGA